AUGAUAGAGGAAGGGACGAAUGAAGUGGAUUUUCAACAAAUGUCUCUAGAUUGGGUGUUCAAUGAACUUAUUGCGGCAGGUCAAAUAGGGCAAGAGGCCGUUUGCCCUACCAAUGCACCUUGUUUAUGUCAGAGUAAAGAAGGAAGAUCUGUGAAACAGUGUGUAACUUUUAGAAUGUUUCUGCAAAAGAUGGUGGAUAAUAAGUCUGUAGAGUUCGGUUGUACCCGCAAGAGUGGAGAGAUUGCAGUCAUUGGGGAAAACAGGCCAGUAUAUCAUCAGUGCACUAAUCAACCAUUCAUACCCACCAUGAACAAGGCCCUUCCCACGCAGGAAGCGCCAGCUCACUUGGUGAUCUCUACUCCCAGGCCAUUCCCAUACAAAAGUAACCAAGCAGUACCCUGGAAAUAUGAAUGCGAAGCGUAUGUGGAAGGAAGCACCAGCAAUAUAGCAGGGGUAAAAGGGAUAACCCGAAGUGGUAGGGUGUAUAUGCCAGAUUCUUCUAAAUCAAAUCGGCAAAAUGCAGGGGAACCAGACAGGGCAGUGAAAAGUCCAAUAUCCAAUGGAGAGGCCGAAGAAUUCCUAAAGAUAAUAAAGCAUAGCGAAUACAACAUUGUGGACCAACUAAAGAAAAUGCCAGCUCACAUAUCUGUUUUGUCACUUCUACUAAAUUCAGAGACCCAUCGGGAAGCGUUACUUAAAGUUCUAAAUCAAGCCUACAUUCCCCAAGAUAUCAGCGUUGAUAAAUUCAAUCAUGUGAUCGAAAGUCUGGCAGCCUCCAACUACAUCACUUUUAUUGAUGAAGAAAUUCCGCCAGAAGGCCAGGGGCAUAACAAGGCGCUGCAUAUAUCCACCAAAUGUAAGGAUCACAUGAUGUCUCGAGUCUUGAUAGAUAAUGGGUCAUCCCUCAAUGUUAUGCCAAUGACUACACUGCAAAGGUUACCCAUUGAUCCUUCUUAUGUGACACCAAACAAUUUGGUGGUGCGUGCCUUCGAUGGAACACGAAGAGAGUCAGUAGGGUCGCUUGACAUCCCUAUUCAGAGUGGACCAGUAACCUUCAAUAUCACUUUUCAAGUCAUGGAUAUUACACCUUCAUACAGUUGUCUCUUGGGAAGGCCGUGGAUACAUAAUACAGGGGCAAUUCCAUCAUCUUUGCAUCAGCGAGUGAAAUUUGUAGUAGGGGAUAAACUGGUAUGUGUUUAUGGAGAGACCGAUAUAAUGGUUACUAAACCUUCUUCCACUCCCUAUGUGGAAGCAGCUGAAGAAGCCCAUGAAGAUUCAUCCCGAGCAUUUGAGAUCAUCAACGUCAUUACUAUAAUGGAGGGAUCUUUUAUCCCUCAAUCUCGGAUCUCUUCUUCCACACGUAUGGUGGCUACUAAAAUGAUUAAAUCGGGGUUUUGCCCAGGAAAAGGGUUGGGGAAGUAUCUUCAGGGCAUCACAAUGCCAUUGUUACCAGAAGGCAUGAAUGAGAUAUACGGCAUCGAAUAUACUCCUACUUUAGCUGACCAUAAGAAGAAGACAGAAGAGAAAAGAAUACUCCGAAUCGAGAGGCGCACAGGAAGAGUAAGUACCAAAUGGGGGGUAGAAGUCCCGCCAAUGAAUCAGACCUUUCAAAAGGGCAAUCAAGUCACUCUUGAGGAAGAAAUGAAACAGAUGAGCAUAUUGGCCUUGGAAUCGGGGGACCACAUGAAUGACUCAAGUAGAUGGAUCUACCCAUUGACUAUAGGAGCAUAA